AUGAGUGACUCUUUCUCCCAAAGCCCAAAGUCGCCCGCCGAAUGGGAAAAGUAUGCGACUUCUACCCAGAUUAGUAAAAUCCCAUUGAAGGCUGAAGGGACCAUACCAACCAAGCCGGGCGACAACGUAUUCAUCCGAGAUGUCUACGUCGAUGUGACCAAGGUCAUCGCAGCAGAGCCCUUUCAAGUCAUUGCCGCGGCAGAUGUUCUUGGCUUCCAGCCCGACACAACCGUCGACCUGUCAAAGACCUCGGGUGGUAUACAACUGUAUGGCAGAGUAUUGACCGCGGACUCUCCGGUUAACAUCAAAUUACAAGCAAAGAAUGUGGCUGCAGGCUCAUUCACUAUCUACGGCACCACUCCCGACCAGAAGUUCACCUACUCGAUCGACGGAGUUGACAAUGUUGAUGGAAAGGUUCAGAACACCCUUGGUCUUGGCCCGGGUACAGGUAAUGUUGGAUUAGAGAUAGAAAUCGACAACUCAGCAAAGCCUCCAGUCACCACAACGUGGACAAAGGAUUAUAGCCUCUGCUACGACAUUCCCUGGCUGGUGGAAACCUUGGCCACUCAACUGCGCAUUGCCUCCAUCCUAUUUUGGAGUCAUACAGAUCUCGCCCUGGGAUUGACCGUUUACGUGGCUCUCUGCACAGGGAGUAGUGAUAAGUAUGACGGAAGUACCAACCUUCAAGCCGUGAGUCUCGGUCAGCAGCUGGCCAUCCAGAAGCUCCUCGGGCCAACGGGAAACUACGUGCCUGUCCUGGCGGUGGACAAAUAUACCGAGGCCCAGACUCUUCUAUUAAAUACAGGGGAAGCCUUUCAAACACAGUAUCAAAUAUUCCAGUGUCGCAAUAAUCAUGUGCAAGACCGAUUUGCCGCCUGGAAGGAAAUGGCGAGCAAAGCGGGAGACCAGCUCACGAAUGGAGAGCAGCACCGGGACGAAGCGGAAAAAAAGUAUAAACAUGUCCUCGACAUUGUUGACUCUUGCGAAGCCAUGAUGAAACAGGACGAAGAUCAAAUAAAAAAACUGGGAGAUAAAUACAAGGAGGGGCUAGAUGCCUGGCAGAAAAAACAAAAGAAAUUGGCCGUCUUCAAGAUCCUCGGCGCCAUAGCCGACUUUGGUUUGUCAAUCGGCAUGCUCUUCCUGGGCAGCUCAGGGGGCAGCGGCCCGGUCAGCAAAGCCAUCGAGGCAGUCGAGGAGGUCGAAGAAAGCGGCGAGGCCGCAAAGUCCCUGCUCAGCUCUGGCGUUCUCAAGAAAAUCGCCAAGGGUGCAUCGACGGUAUACAAGCUGUAUCCGAACAUCUCCAGGGCAAUUAAAAACCUCCAGGAACUCGAGAAGAGCCCGGAUGCAGAUGUCAGGCCGAUCCAAGAGGUCCAAGGUGAUGCCGCCGAUGCAGACGCGCUUCUGUCCAUUGCUGAAUGGGAUAAAUGGAUAGAAGAUGCCAACAAUGGGUUAGCCUUUGCUGUGAAGGAGGGUGUAAAUGACGCAGCGGCAUUCCAAUUGGGGCUUCGAAAGCACUCCAUCAAUGGGAAGCUGUUGGCACAGGCCAAGGCAGAAGCCAUCAAGUCUGCACAGGAAUAUAUCCAUGCAUAUAUGGAGGUAAUCCUGCAUCAGAGAGAUUUCAAGAGGCUUACAGAAUUGGAGAAGAAGUUUGAAAAGGACCAGACGUUGACGGAAGAGGCAGAGGUCCGGAUGUAUGACCGGUACAUGGCCGUUCGAACCAGCAUCCUCAUCCAGAUGCGCAAUGUCGCCUGGGCGUACAAAUUCGCCGUGUUGGACAAUGAUCCCAUCCAAAUUUAUCCACUGAAGAAUUUGCAGGAUUACCGAAAGGAUCUCUCUGACUUGGUUAUGAAAUUGCAAACGUUCAAAGAGCAGUAUCCCGGUGGUCCCUCGCCAUUUGACAAGAAGGCCAUACCAUCCCAGAAUCUACCGGCCCCGUACAACGACCAAAUCGUUGAACAGCUCAAAACCUCCCAUAAAAGCACUUUCACGUUCAUCCCCAAAGCCCCAAAGACACAAGAUCACAGUCCAGCUGGUCCAUUCUACGACGGGUCUCACUUUCGCAUCAACAGGGUGGAGAUCACGCUGGUUGGUGCGAAGUCUAAUGUCAAAGAUAAGAACGAGCCGGAUUUUGCAUUUAAGAUAUCUACAUCCGGGGUAUACAAUGAUAUACGGAAAUCGGACAUCUUCAACUUUGUCGGCCCUGUGUUCUCCCGCGAGUACUCGUAUAAUAUCGUCGACGGAAGGCCUGUCACGGAUACGGCAUUCACCAUCAAUACAAAUGAGUACAGCGCACCACCGCCAUUUACGAGCUGGACAGUCGAGAUAACGAAUCCCGGGUCACUGGAUCUUUCCGGUCUCACUUCUAUGGACCUUCAGUGGCAUGGUGAGAAGUACAAUGAGGAAUUCUUGGGGUGA